AUGUUAUCCUAUAAUAUUAAUAAUGAUCAUAAUAAUAAUAAUGAUAGUAAAAUUAAUCUGAAGCAAUCUACAUUCAUUGAAUUAAGACUUCAAUCGAUAUGGAAAUCAUUAAAAUCAUCAACAUCUCGAUAUGAAUCAUUAUCAGCAACAGAGAAUGAGAUCAAACAACACUUUGAACAGUUACAUCAAUAUCUAAUCAACGAAGAGCAUAGACUAAAGAAAGAUAUUAUCAACGAUAAAGAUACAAUCAUUAAUCAAAUAGAUAAGAAUAUAAAUGAAUUAAAAUAUCUUAAUAGUAUAAUAAUAAGUAUAAAUAGUAAUAAUAAAAAUAAUAUCAUUAAUAAAGAUAGUAAUGAUUUCAGUGAUGAUCAUGGUAGUGAUUCAGUAGUUUUAGAUACAACCGAUCAAUAUUCAACAAUAACAAUAAUGAAAUCAAUCAACACAAGUUCAUCAUUACAAUCAUUUAUCAAAGAUAAUAAUCAAACAUUAUUCUAUCGUAAUAACAAACAAGAUACUUUGCUUGAACAAUAUAACAACAAUUCACUGUCAUCAUUAAUAUUAGAUAUGAUUUUUAAAUAUAAUAAUCAAUUCAAAGUAAUAUCACCAACAAAUAUAAUCGAUGAAAACAUAAAUGAAUAUCACUUCUCAACAAAACAACCAGAUUUACAUAAAUUCAAUUCAUUAAUCAUGGAAUCUAUUAAACUAUCAAAAACAUCAGCAAAAGUAGUUACCACAAAUAAUAAUGAUAUUAAAGAAUCAUAUAUAAUAACAACGAAUCAUUCAAAAGGAAUGACAUUGAUCAACACAUCAGACAAUUCAACCAAAGAAUUUAAUUUGGAUUACGAUUUUUGUAGCACAUAUUCAUCGAUAAUCUCUGUUGGUGAAUAUUUAUAUAUCUUUGGUGGUAGAUCAAAUCAAUCCAAUUGGAUAAAGUUCUCUGUGAAAUCGAAAAAUUACAAUGUGUCCAAGAUGGAGGGUGUCAAUCCUGGCAGCUAUAUUUCAGUUUGUUAUGACGGACAAGAUCAUAUAUAUCUGGCGAAUGGCGAUGCCAAAAGAAUUUUUAGAUUCAAUAUUAAUACAACGAAAUUUGAACCGUACAGUCCCGAGAUAGGUGAUCUCAGAGGUCGACAAGUAUCAACGAUGAUAUUCCAAGGUAAAUUGUAUUCCAUUCCAUACAGUAGUCAGACUAUGUUUGAAUUUGAUUUGACAACAAAAACCAAAUUGGUCCAUGAGUGUCUUAGCUUCAGAACAUACACAGCAUGUCAUGAUAGCAAUGGAAAUUUCUACAUUCAUUCAUCAGACAAUCGAUUCAUCAGAUUCAAUGUGGAAACGAAAGGAAUAACCAAACUCACUCCAAUCCCUGCAAAAGAAGGAUCAGUCUACCUGCUAUAUCAUAGAGAAUCAUCAACAUCAAGUUGUAUAUACUCAUUUGGUGGUGCAGGCUAUGGUAAUUUCAGAUAUUCCAUCGAGACUGAUACAUGCCAGGCGUUCUUCAAAGAUGAUACCCAUCAAAGAUAUUGGUCUGGGUCUGCAUCGAUCAAUCUCAAUUAA